GCGACACGCUCGAGCGCCACCCUCCACCAUGGCCUGCGCUGGAAGCCCUCACGCUCUGGGCACCUGACCGCGACGGCCAGAUGUCCGCCGUCAGCCCCCCGCUCUGCGAACGCCUGGCCGCAGUCCUGCUGGACACCGUGCGCUACCCGCGCUUCUGCAGGCUCACGAUACGUGUGGGCCCACAAGUCUGGAUGUCCGGGCUGCAGAUGUGGUCCUCGCUCGCGGGUCCUGGGGCGCGCGUCGAGCGCGGAGCGGUGGUCGAGCGGUGGUGCGCGGCGUUUGCGGCGUUUGGGCGCGCGCCGGGCGUCGUGCUCGAUGUCGACACGAUGCACUCGCCGCGGGCGCCGUGAAGGAGGUGACUGGUAUACCCGAUAUCUAUACAGCUGUGCAUCUUGGAUCGUCUGCCUCGAGGGCCAAUGGAGCGCCAGAUAUGGGAACACAUGUACAAAUAACACGCGCCACAGCGACUUCCGGUCUUUGAUGUGGCCUAGCCAUCAACUCGACCACGACCUCCAAUGGGUACUCUACCGCCAGAACUCGUCGACCUCAUCAUCGACGCACUCCGCGACGACUGGCGUGCCCUUGCCGCGUGCGCCCACGUCGACCAAGAAUGGGCACCUCGUGCUCGCAGUCAUCUACGACAGGGCGCCGUCAUUUCGAUCGAUUCGGCAGACUGCCCGGACCUCAACGAUUUCCCGCGCAUUAUUCACCCUUCGUCCACUCUCGCGGAAGACAUCUCUGUACUAUCUAUUUGCGGACGAUCUCAACCAUCGAUAUUCGACUUGCUUCUCAUACCCAUUCCCGAGACACUCGUCCUUGGCCAUCUUCCCCACCUGCGCUCGCUUAUACUCCGCUCUUUCCGCGUGUCUGACGCCGGCCCGCUCAUAUCAACCCUCAGAAGCUGCAAAUCACUCGAAGAAUUGCAUAUCGAACACAUCGGCGCUGAACCCACCGCUAUUAGCGACCUCGAAUCAAAUGUACUAGAACUCGCCGAACUCGAGAUCCCAUCGUCCUCAUUCCUCGUUCGGCUGAAGACGCUUUGCAUGCGGGACUGCGACAGCGUACUAUCCGAGACCCUGCUCCUCCCCCUCGCGCUCUCGUUUAUACACGCUACCGGGAGCCUCCCUUCUACAGCGCAAUCGUUGACCCUCCGCAUACGUGGCCCUCAGACAUCGCACGAACCCAUCGUAUACACACGGGAAAUAUCCGCAGACGUGAUCGGCACUACCGUGCCCAUCCCUUUCGCCGCCUUGCGAGACCAUACCGACUUUGACCUUCUAUGCAUGGCGAUUCGACGCUGCCACCACAUACGUCGCCUUGUCCUACGCUACGAGCCGGGCCCUGCCACGCAUCAGACCGGAAACGCAGAGUUCCUGAUGAUUUUCAACAGGACCACUUACGCCGUCUCCUUCGGGAGCGCGUGGGAUGGCGCGUUCCAGGAGGUCGAGGUGCUCACGCUCGUUCUGCCGCACGAGGAGCCCGCGUGGGAGCAAGAGCUAGAGCGGUUCGCGUGGAGGGUGAACGUUCAACGGCGCACGUUUCCUGCGCUUGGUCGGGUGCAUGUCGGCAUGGAGUGCGAGGAUGGUGUGGAGGCGGAGGAAGGGGUACGGAGGAUAGAGGCUGCGCUGCAGCCGCUGAGGGACGGUGGGAUCAGUGUGGAUGUUGUGGCGUUGCGGACGGAUGAGUGGGAAUCGUGGGCAGUAUCGCUUCCGUGAGACGCGUAGUACCAUGGCUCAGCACCACGACCUCGGAUGCGUACUCUACCACAAGAGCUCGUCGACUUCGUCAUCAGCUCCCUCGGUGACGACUAGCGCGCACUCGCAGCAUGCACCUAUGUCCAUUCCUUGC